UAUCAUCAUUAGCGUUGAUGUAGGCUGGAGUCGUUAACAACGGGGGAUUGUUUAACUGCUUUUCUGCUCGGAGUUUGGAAGCAAAUUUGAAGCUUUUUCCAAGCUUUCAAGGUAAUUGUUUGCAUGUGAAGUUUGGAUAGCGAAUAUUUGCACUGGUACCUUGAAUAGGACCUGCAAACUGGGUACUGGAGCAUUUUAUUGCGAAACACUUCGCUUCGCUGCACAUCAUAACGAAGCAAAGCCACGAGGAAUACGGCUGCUCUGUAUUUCAUUAUAACUUUCGUUGUCGCAAAGUGAUCUCUUCACAGCAGUUCAUUCUAAUUUGAGGAUAUUUGCUACAAUUCAACUGGGUGAUCUCAAGACAACGUAUGCGUGCGACCAGCCAGUGAAGAACCGUCGGUCUUACAACGUUUGCGUGUUUGAGUUUUCCGCAUGGAUGUCAGUUUUGCUCAAACGGAAAGCUACCUAGCAGAAAGUCCUGCACGCCUUAGCGAAGAGACCGUUCAGUCACUCUACGCCGAUGAACAGCCGAAGAAAAGAGUAAAGCCAAACAUGGAACAUUCAAAAUUAGCCGAAACAGUCGGCAUUGAAAACACUAUUAUGCUCAAUCCUGAAGAUUUAGCAAAGGCAGCACGCAACGACGAACGAGAUUUUAACAAGAAUUUUGGUUAUCACACCCGACAGACGGGAAAUUUUGGUGCUUCGCGGCAGAGAGGCCUAAGGAGAACAGCAUUUGAAUCUUCGGAGUCCAACGAUAUUGCAAAAAGCCCUUCCCUAACGGAAACUAGGACUUCUGUGAUUCGUGGAGUGCUGAAUACUCGCGCCCAACAACAGAAUGCGUCUGAGAAUGAGUCUGUAACCGCAGAAACAGACAUGGAAUCUAACGAAUACAGCAAUUUGCGAUGUUAUGAACAUGUUGAAAAAGAUAAUGGCGAUUGUUAUGGACGAAAUCGACACUAUUUGCAAAACAGUGUAAUGGAGGGUUACGCGACGCAAGCAGAUAAUCAGGGUCAUAUUUCUGAGAAAUUCUCGCGCGUUCCGAAUUCUGGUAACCGACAAUUCCAAAUGUCAAGCAUGGAGACGAGGCCGACUUUCUCACGACCUGUACGCGAUGCUCCCUAUCGUGUUCGUCACCCCCCGGAAUUUGCUAUAUCUCAAAUGGACGUACGGGGUAAGCAAUUCUUCGAAAGGUCAGGUCUUCACCCAGGUUCUGCAAUGAAUUAUGCUGGUUUAAAUCCUAAAUACAAUAUCCAAGAUGGACUGUAUCUGCCUAGUCAUGCAGAUAUGCAAAGUGGAUACCCUGGAUUUGGUUUAUACGAAGGAAGACCGCCCGUAUCGAGCGAUAAUUUAUCCAAGAACAACAACUUGCCGAGCGAGCAAGAAGCCGUAAAGUCUAAAGUAAAGAACAAUCCAUCGCCCAUUGCAAAAAUCGUCGAAGAUGAAGCAACCACAAGACAAGGUUCCCUCGAACGGGACGUUGUUAACCAGGGAAAGCAGAAUGAACGAGCUGAUUUGAAACAGCUGGACGACAACAAAAACAUUAAGGGAAAACGUGGCGCUGGUUCGAAGGGAGAUAGCAACAUUCAAUGCAUGCAAUGCCAGAAGAAGUUUGGCAGCUCAAGCGCAUUGGCCAAGCACAAAGCAACGCAUAGUGAUGAACGCAAGUACAUUUGCUCAAUAUGCGAAAAAGGUUUCAAACGACAAGAUCACUUAAAUGGACACAUGAUGACACACAGAGACAAAAAACCAUUUGAAUGUAAAUAUUGUGACAAGAGUUACUGCGACCAUCGCUCUUUGAAACGCCAUUAUGAGAACUACCAUCCAAAUCCUGAACAACCCCAGCCUGUCACCACGUCCGCCAUCACCCACAAAACGGACACCGAACUCCAACGGAUUUCAAAACCCGAAGGACAGUUCAUCGCUGACAGAGAUGAAGGCCAUCCGAGUCCAUUAAGUUCAAAACAAGAGGUACCCCAAGCUGGUUUUGGCAGGAAGCGGAACAGUGAUAGCAUGUGUUCAAACAGUUCUGAUGAUCAAAUGAGAAGACCUGACAGUCAUUCACCUCGUAUUCUCUUUGAUAAACCACAAACAGCUUCCAGCAUGCUCAAGCAAGUUAUUGACUCCCAUGAACUCAAGGAGAAACAUCCCAUGGAGGGGUACCCCCGAGCUGGAUAUCUACCAUUCCCCGAAGGGAUGAACCCACAAUGGUAUCACCAAUUCCAGCAAGCUCAGAUGAUGAAACUGAUGCUCAACCAAGCACCUCCAAUACUUGUUCAACAUGGCCCAAUACCCCAAAUGAACCCCUAUUGUCCAACAGAUCCUCCACAAUUAGUCCCCAACUACCCUCCAAUCAGCCAACAUUCCAGCAGCGAAGGUGCUCGAGAGGAUAACAAUAGGAAGAAAGGUGACGAUAAUGGAUAUAAAGGAAAGAGGGACUAUGUUGUACCUACAGAUCCUACGUCAAUAGCUAUUGCUAAUGCCAAAGAAGGUGGUGAUCAUCAAAGACAAGCUCAGUUCAAAGAGGGAACAUCUGCUGGCUUUCCCCGUGCAGUUCAAUGGAAGACCGUGAAUACUGCAGGAAAAGAGAACAAUGGUAUGCCACCACAUUCGAUGGGUAGCAAUCCUACCAUGCAGUUACCACCAAGCAUGAUGGUCUCUGACCAUCCCGUUAAACGAGAGCGACCAGUGGAACUGAAUAUCCACAUACCAUCAUCCACCCAAGGUGAAAAACGACCAAUUGAGAUGGUAACAACCACCGCACAUCAAGCCAAGCGUCAUUGCCCACCAUCACCAGCAUCAUUCAACAUGGCCAAAGAAGGUCUCCUAAAGCUAGCCGAUGCUCCUAUGAAACCAGAACAAGCCAAUAACAACGACAACAUGUUCAAGAACCCACCCUCAACCCCAACACGGAAGAGACCCCGACCUGGGCCAAUCAAUAUUUCAUGUUCAAAUUUCCAGUAUGGUCCACUCUCCCCUCCCAUUUACACACCACCACCCAUGUUAAGUCCUCUCAGUAUUUUCCACCCUCCAAAGUUGGUCACUACACCCAUCACACCCGGACGCUUCUUUCUCAGUGGAAACAGAAGCAGAAAAAAUAGCCAUGAGGAGGACGGUGCAGAUACCUCAACUGAAAUCCUGAUGCCCGAACCCAAAAUCAACAUUGGUCCAUUAUUCCAAGCUGAUGUGCCAUUGAAAACAGAACCUCAUUCAGAUGCCUUUUACGACAAGCAUAGAGCUGCUGUUUGCUGGACUCCUUUCGAACAUGAGACAAAAAAACGAACUCAAGAAAUUGAAGCAUUUCUUGACAUGGCCUGUUCAGUCGCUGUAUUUGGUGGUGGAUCCAACAAGGAGUAUGCCCUACAUGUUCUCUAUCGACUGAAAGGAAAUAUUAAGCUUGCCGUAAGGCAUAUUCUUGCAAACAAAAGUGCCAUUCAAAAAGAAGAUGGUUUGGCUGAUUACCACUACGAAGGCUCUGAAAGAUGGUCGUCGAAAGAAAGAUUAAAAUUUCGCGAAGCGCUCGACAAAUUCGGAAAAAAUUUCUAUGAAAUCUCCAAAGAGAUUGGUACAAAAAGUGUUCAACAAUGUGUCGAGUUUUACUAUCUCUGGAAGGCUUGUCGACCCGAGGGAACGCGGUCAAGACGUGGAUACUGCGAGGAGACAGACUCUGAGCGUGACAAUGAAGAUAUUUACAGUGACAACGACUGUGAAACAACUUACAUUUUUGAAUGUGAUUUUCCUGAGUGUAACUCGAAAUUCAUCUCGCGACAGGCGUUGAAUGGCCAUAUUCGAGUUCAUGGCGGAAGCUUUAUGAAACCGGAACCAAAACGGGUCAAAGCGAAAACUACGACAAAUUCCGACAUUAACAACUCGGGUGUUCCCGUAUCAACGAACGUUAGUCGAGCCGCCACGAAACCAUCGAGGCCUACGAAACCACCAGCUCCGCCUGUACUUAAUGGGGACGGAACAUUGCCUGAAUUCCCUUGUAAAGUUUGUGGAAGAGUUUUUCACAAAAUCAAAAGCCGUUCAGCUCACAUGAAGACGCACGUGAAACGGAACGACGACGAUGUUGGCAAGUCAAAAUCGUAGUCCCACAUAUCCAUCGACACCACGAGGUAACCAUCACAAUCCUGUAUUCCCCUGGUUUUUGCAGGUGGAAAACCUUUGCGCAGGCAAACCCUGGUGGUAAUGUCGCAUAGUUAAUAUAUGCCGUAGUGGAAUAUUCGCUGACUAUUUUCAAUCAAUCAAAGGUUGGAUCUUUUGAUAGCAACAUAAAGGAAUGGGUCAAGCUACUCAGUGUAUAUUAUUCAUACAACUUUACAAGACUCAAAGUUAAUUAUCGAUAUAUUUCGUAAACAAUCCUGCGGGAACCAGUUAGUUUAAUUGCCCUGUUGUGCGCAUGCGCACGCACUUUAUUUUCAACCAAAAUUUUAAUAUAAGAUUUUAAGAAUGACAUGAAUAAGAUAAGACAUUACUUUUGUAUUCUCAUUUUGUAAAGUGUAUAUAGGUCAGAGUCGCAUAUUGACAUUGCUGUUUUGUAAAUAUAUUGUAUAUAUAAACUAUUAUAAAUAUCAUGGUCCUUAAAAGUAUUUACAUUGUAUAUGAAACCAUAGGUUUUAAACUGUUAUUUCGCGUCAAAACGACGUUAAUGCAAUUCGUGCGUUGAUUUAGAGUUUAAAACAGGAGUUCACCUGUUUAAUUAAGAAGAACAACUCUUUUGCGAGAUUUGAUGCUCUCUCUCCUCUUAUAUCUCGAAAGAAAUGGACUUUUGUGAGCAGAGAACAACUCUUUCUUUUUCACCAGUGAAUAUUACGGUACAAUUCAGCUCCUUAGAACAUAAAGUCCCUGAAAAGGCAGUUGAUAAUCGAGCAAAAGGGGUGUGUAUUCACUAACCGCCUGUUCCUACUCGUGGUUAUAUAAAUUUCCCAAACUAGCCAUUACCAUUGAACUCAAAUAAUGGUCCUAGAGUCUCUCUUGGUGAAAUUUGGAGGUGAACUUUGCUCCGAUAAUUUAAUGGAUCAUAUUAAUCGUUUGAGUUCAAAGGUUUAGCCUAGUUGUCACCAAUAUCGUUCUUUUAUAUCGUAGAAAGCGAUUUAAGAGCUGUUAUUUUGUUUAUUCCUAUUUUACAUCAUAAUAUUUAUACUUGAGAGAUGACAUAGCACACAUACACACAAUGUAUUAUAGUUUAGGGUGAUUUGUGUUCAAAAUAAAUGCUGGUCAUUUUAUUAUAAUGUAAGAAUAAAUAAGUAAGUUUAUAGAUGGUAAAUUAAAUAUUUAUUGGGUUCAA